AGUAAAGCCAGUGUGGCCAGAGAGCCCGAAAAGGUAACAUCGUGGGAGCGUCGUCGUUGGCGGGCGGAGAUGUGUAUCACAUGGCGAGGGGAGGCUGACAACACUCGCUCGCUCACUUCCUUCGCGGAAGCCCAACGCGGUCUUGCUCUUAUGCGUUAUCUCGCCCUUUCGCCCAAGGUUAUUGCUGUUUGACCGAAUUGUACACAAGUUAAGGAGACAAACGUGACAUGUACUUCAAGUGAAAACUGAUAAUGAAACUCUGAAAGGACUUGCUCCCGUAACUGACUUGCUGUGAGGCGCGCCCCACCUGAGACAGGUGGCCGGUGCGGAGAGUGCGGCGGCCCAGCAUGAGCGCCAAGGAGUCCCACGUGAAGCGGCCCAUGAACGCCUUCAUGGUGUGGUCUCGUGGGCAGCGGCGCAAAAUGGCUCAGGACAAUCCCAAGAUGCACAAUUCUGAAAUCUCCAAGCGACUCGGUGCUGAGUGGAAGCUGCUGACUGACGUGGAGAAGAGACCAUUCAUUGAUGAGGCAAAAAGGCUGAGGGCGCUGCACAUGAAGGAGCACCCAGACUACAAGUAUCGUCCCAGGCGGAAGGCAAAAAGUAUGGCCAAGAAAGACAACAGGUGGGAAAGUGUACUCAAGUAUCCCUUCCAGUUGCCCAUGUUCCAACCGAUGAUUGAAGGCCUCCGUCCUUUUUACCCUCCUCCUCACCUUCUGACCGCCCCGGGGAUACCUGGCAGCCUGGAAAAGCCACAUGGGGAACUACCUCGACACCUAUUGCCGCCUCCACUCUUCGCACCUUCCAUCUCAGGCUUGCCAUACCCGCACGUGGACCCGGCCAUCUUCUCAAGGCUGCACUCGCCCGACGCUCUGGCACUCUCAAAGCUCUCCACCUCUGAGUCCUUGUCGCUGUCCAAGAUGCCAUCCGUUGAGUCCUCACUCCUAGCCAGACUUGCACCUCACGACGUGUUUCCCUUACCAAGGUUACCGUCUCCGCCGUUACAGUCGCCCCUGCCUCCUCUGUCUUCGCCACACCUACCUUCCUCUUCAAGUUUGCCCACCACAGGAGUCGCUUCCAGCUCCUCCGUGCUUUCUUCCCAUAUUCACCACCCCGCCUCACCCAGCCUGCCAUCUUACAGUCUGCCUUCACCUAUUCCUAAGUAUCCACCCGAAGUCUCUGCCAGCAGUGUUCUAUCCAGAUUUCCUCUUGAUAGUCCAUAUUUUGGCCUGCCCCGCGAGUUAGAACACUUUCGUCUGCAGCAGCUACAGAUUGAGAGAGAGCGAAAGAUCAGAGAAGAGUUUGCAGCUUCUCCUCCUCCCUCAAGGAGCAGAUCAUCCUCCCCGUCCAGCCCGAAGAUAGAUGUUGGCAGUCGUUCCAGAGACUCCAGCCCUCCGAGGAGCCCACCAGGAACCGAACCACCCCAUGAUGACGGGGUGCUGCAAAGAGUCUCUGACGAGAGUAGAGACGAUCAGGAGGUUUCCAACAGCGACGAUUCUAGAGCAUUUGUAAGGUACGGGGAACGGAAAGGUUCACCUGAACCUAAAAGUCCUGCACCGUCCCCUUCCGAGCCGCUGCGUCUCCCUCACCACUUCUCUCCCUCCGCCCUGGCCACCAGCAUUUAUUCCUCCGCCCCCCAUCACUCCGUCCUGUCGUCCUCUCCUGCCUCUAUGUCUGCAGCAGAGGUUGCCAGAAAUUACUUCAGCAGCUGCAUGUACCCGCCGGGAGGAGGCUCGGCGGGCUGUCCCCCUGACUCUCGGACAGCUCUCUCUUACUUCCUCGUGCGUCCUGAGGCCAAAUACCCGCACUCCCCGGCGCUGCUGCCAGCCCUAGCGCCAACACUCAACUCAUCCUCACCGCCCUCCGUCGUCCAGUGAGGUCUUGAGAGAGUUCUGAAGAUGUCUGGUAAAGAAAUAGACGACUCACAAUCUUCUCCCUUCACUCCCUGUCUUCUCCGGCACAUCCACUAAGGAAACUGCCUGAACUCCAUAUCAAAACAUCGCGGAGUCCGUAUUUAUACACUGCUUCACAUGUGUGUCUAACAAGGUCAUUAUGAACACCACCAAAAUGAAGUCUCCUCAUCGCGCGUUAAUGCGGAUCACUUCCUGAACACGUUAUUGAUUUUUCUGUCAAAACACAAACCCAUUAACAACAUUAGUACAUCCCUUUGUGUGUGUGUGUGUGUGUGUGUGUGUGUGUGUGUGUGUGUGUGUGUGUGUGUGUGUGUGUGUGUGUGCGUGCGUGCACUCGCCCUGA